GAUGGUAUGCUUAUAUUGAGACAGCAAGUACACAAGGGAACAAUGGUACGCACGUCUAGUAUCUGCACAGAUUCCAGCAAAUUCACUGUACUGUCUGCAGUUCUGGUAUUACAUGUAUGGUGCUCAUGUUGACUCACUUAGCAUUUAUGUCCGUAGAGGCAACAGUCUUGGUUCACGUUUAUGGACCAAAAGCCAGUCACAAGGCAACCAUUGGAAUCAUGGACAAGUUCAGAUCUCCUCUUCUACUCCUGUCAAUGUAGUGUUUGAGGCAGUUCGUGGUCCAACAUUUAGGGGAGACACUGCCUUGGAUGACAUCAGAGCUGUAGCUGGCAGCUGUAUUGCUGCAAGUGGCUUGGCAUGUGACUUUGAGUCUGGGUUGUGUGGAUGGAAUCAGACAAUGACAGAUGAUUUUGAUUGGACCCUACAUUCUGGCCAGACAAGCACCACAAAUACUGGCCCUUCCAGUGACCAUACUUUAGGAACAGCAACAGGCCAUUAUCUCUACAUAGAAACCAGUGCCCCUAGGCAUCCAGGCCAAAAGGCUUGCCUUGUCAGUUCCCAGGUAACUCAGACUACACCACAGUGUCUAAAAUUCUACUAUAAUCUCCAUGGCAACAACAUUGGUGCCUUGAAUAUCUACGUAAUGAUAGGCUCUGCUUUAACAAGCACAGAUUCCCCAGUGUGGUCCAGAAGAAACAACCUUAGUGAUAUAUGGAUUCCAGGACAAACAACCAUUACAGGAUCUUCUCCAUACAGGGUUGUAUUUGAGGGAGUAGUUGGCAAUGGCUACUUGGGAGAUAUUGCAAUUGAUGACAUUACUGUGCUGAAUAACAGCUGCUCUCAUGCAGCUAACAAUGACUUUGAACAUGGCUUUGGAAUAUGGACAAAUCCGAGUGUUGGAGACAAGUUUGAUUGGAUGAUUGGACAGAGUUCAACAGAUACUAUGUACACUGGGCCAAGCAAUGACCACACACUGGGCACAUCACAGGGACACUAUGCUUUUAUUGAAGCCUCACCCCCAAGACAGACUCAAGACAAUGCUUGGCUUCAGAGCCCAGUUUUAGAACCCACACCAGCCAUUUGCAUGUCAUUCUGGUUCAAUAUGUUUGGGGAAGACACAGGUUCCCUUAAUGUUAAGAUGCGUCCCAUUACUGAAGAUGCAAGUUCUGCAACCGAGAUCUGGUCAUUGAACGGUGAUCGUGGCCAGGGGUGGAAUUUAGGCCGCAUUGCCAUUUACAGCAGUGAUCCAUUCUAUAUCACAUUUGAAGCAGUAAGAGGUGCUGGUGUCAAGGGUGAUACUGCCAUUGAUGAUAUCACUUUCACAGACUCCGUCUGCAGUGUUGAACCACCAGAAGGUGAUGUUGGGUAUUCUCCACCAUUUAACUUAGUCCCACAACAAGCUUCACCUACUCCAGUGCCAUCACCAUAUGACUGUAACUUUGAGAGAGACUUUUGCCAAUGGACUCAGGAUACCUCAGAUGUUUUUGACUGGACACGAAAUGCAGGGGCCACAAGUUCUCAAAAUACAGGGCCAUCUUUUGACCACACAUUUGGAAAUGUGACAGGGUAUUACAUCUACAUUGAGACAUCCGCACCUCGCCACCCCAAUGACACUGCUCGUCUGCUAUCCCCACAAUUGAAUAUCAGUCCACAAGGAGCUUGUAUGCGAUUUUGGUAUCACAUGUAUGGUCCAUCAAUCAAUAAUCUGAAUGUCUACAUACAAACAGCUAGCAGUCUCACCAAAGCCUGGACACGCACUGGCACACAAGGAAACCAAUGGAUAUAUGGUGAAAUUCCCAUCACAGGCUACACCCAGUGUCAGAUUGUCAUUGAAGCAACUCGUGGGACCAGCUACCUUGGUGACAUUGCAGUUGAUGACAUUGGUUAUUCAAACAGACCAUGCACACCAGCCAACACAAGCAGUAUAUGUGACUUUGAAGAUAGCGCACUAUGUGGUUUCACACAAGACAAAAAUGACUCAUUUAACUGGACAUGGAAGGCUGGAGAAACAACUACCAGCUUUACAGGACCUAGUGCUGAUCACACUGAAGGCACUGCUACAGGCCACUACAUGUACAUUGAGUCCAGUCCUCCACAACAGCCUGGUGAUCGUGCCGUCUAGUCAGUCCAACAUAUCCACCAACCGCUGGCUCUUGCCUGAGUUUCUACUACAACAUGUAUGGAUUGACGAUGGGUACACUGAAUGUCUAUCUUGCAGGAACAGGGCUUGCGGCUCCUUUUCAACUUCUGUUCCAAAAGUCAGGAAAUCAGGGCAACAACUGGUUAAUGGCUGAAGCACAGAUUGAAAGUCCAUCCAGCUUCAAUAUCCUUUUUGAUGGCAUUGUUGGCAGCAAAUAUUACAGUGACCUAGCCAUUGAUGAUGUUGCUCUCCUAC